GCUUUCUAACGAUUUUUGAAUAUUCAACUGUACAAUCGGAUACGUGCACUAUUGAAAUAUGUUGGGCACUCGAAUUCAGGUUAUCCACCAAUCUUUCAAGUUGGCUAAUAACGUUAUACAGUCUUGAGAUCCAGUUGGCGGAUUCAUUUAGUGUUUUUUCACCCUCUUCUUACUUGUGGAGACCUUUUUAAUUCACGAUGGCUGCAAGAAGAGGGUUCCAAGCUAAUGGUGAUAUCACACCUGUGAUGAGGCCAGUCGAGAGACUACCGUUGAGAAAUCUACAGAAUGAGUUGCUUGGUCAGCAACUCACCUUGUCUGCAACUAAACUGAUGUCCAGUAAACCUGCUUUGAAAAAGAAGGGUGAACCGGUCCAGGUGGAGGAGCUGCCACAUUGCUCAUCUCUCCAUGGCACGUCCAUUGGCAAGGCGCGUCUCGUGGAUACGGAGCUCACGAAGGAGAACGCCACAGUCGUGGCGGCUGUGGAUGACGAGCCGGUCCUUCAGAAGGGCUGUCCUGAUUCCCUCAGAGCUGAGGUGAUUGACAGGGAGAUGGAGCUGCAGUCCAGGACCAGCUCUAGCGCAGUGCUGGUACAGUCGGACCACACAGAGGACAUUACCGGCAGGGUGCUGACAGAACGUGCAGGGGAGGGGGCGGACACUGUUGACACACAGGACCAAUGGGCUUCGGUGGGCUGUUUGAGUGACCGCUCAACCAGCUGCGUAACUCAAACCGCCACAGCGGACUCUGCUGUCGAACACUGCACCGAUAACAGAAUUGGGGACGUGACCUUCAAAUCCUUCCUCUGUUCUGGGGUUGAGCUGGAGAUCCCCGACACCUCUGUUAUGACAGAAGAGACCCUCCUGCUUUUGACUCAAAGUGCGGCAGACGUUUCCAGCAGCUGCUCAUUUCAGAACGAUCUCAGUGGUCAUCUGAGCUUCUCCCAGCACUUGGACCUGGAUUCCAGUAACAGGCAUGAAGACCAUGCUUACUGCUUCCUGGAAAAGGAUGACUCCUGUUCCAGGGAUGAGCUCCUUCCUGUUGGAACCUCUGUUAUGGAGCCACUGGAGCUGGAAGAUCCUCCGGGUGGCCUGGACCCUACCGGCCAAGCUCUCAUGAGUUCUGAGUGUUUGGAGACCAUGCAGGACGGUAGCUCUUUACAUCUUCUCCAAGAAAACAGCAUAUGGUCAUCUUCAGCUCUGGAACACCUUACAGCUAUGCAGAGCAUUACUGCUGACCAAUCACAAGACAAGACAGAGAAGAGUGUUUCUGCUGACCAAACACAGGACACUGCAGAAAAGAGUCUUACUGCUGACCAAUCACAGGAAACUGCAGAGGCAAGUCUUACUGCUGACCAAUCACAGGACACUGCAGAGCAGAGUGUUACUGCUGACCAAUCACAGAACACUGCUGAGCAAAGUGUAACUGCUGACCAAUCACAGAGCACUGCUGAGCAGAGUGUUACUGCUGACCAAUCACAGAGCACUGCUGAGCAGAGUGUUACUGCUGACCAAUCACAGAACACUUCAGAGAAGAGUCUUAUGGUUGACCAAUCACAGGUCACUGCAGAGAAGAGUCUUAUGGUUGACCAAUCACAGGACACUGCAGAGAAGAGUCUUAUGGUUGACCAAUCACAGGUCACUGCAGAGAAGAGUCUUAUGGUUGACCAAUCACAGGACACUGCAGAGAAGAGUCUUAUGGUUGACCAAUCACAGGACACUGCAGAGAAGAGUCUUGGUGCUGACCAAUCACAUGGCACUACAGAGAGUAUUCUUGGUGAUGACCAAUCGCUGGCCACUGCAGAGAAGAGUCUUCCAGCUAGCCAAUCACAGGACAAUGCAGAGGUGAGUGUUACUACUGACCAAUCACAGGACAAGGCAGAGAAGAGUCUUUCUGCUGACCAAUCACAGGACAAGGCAGCAAGGAGUAUUUCUGCUGACCAAUCACAGGUCAAAACAGAGAAGAGUCUUACUGCUGACCAAUCCCAGAACACAGCAAAGAAGAGUGUUACUGCUGACCAAUCACAGAUCGCUGUGUCUCCGACUCUUGCUGGUGACCAAUCACAGUACAUAACAGUUCAGGGUCUUGCUGCUGAGUGCAAAGAGAGUGAAACUCCCUCAGGUUUGCAGAGGGGGAUCUCUGAUGUCACUGCUGGGCAUGCUCAGCAGAGACGCCCCGAAGGCCCUUCCUGCUUUUCUCCCUCCUGCGUGGAGACAGGAAGUCCAGCGCAGGCCAGGAGCUCCCAUCUGAGGGAACCGGGCCCCGGGGGCCCCUGGGACGCCGCAGACAGCCCUGUGGGCCCCAGAGAGAGCCGACUGUGGAUGGGGAACCUGGAGAGCCCCAUGCCUCUGCCACAGCUCAACUCCACCCUGAUACAGUCCAUACUGGGCUCUGCCAUCGCCACACCCCAGACCACAAAGUCUAAUUCAAGGAUACUGCCUCCUCCUGCUGAGGGGGGGGCUGGCCCCCAACCAGGACCCCAGCAGGCACCUGAACACCUGACGGGCACCCAAACGGGGAACCAUCAGGAGAACCUGGGGCCACAGACACCUGAACACCUGACAGGCACCCAAACGGGGCACCAUCAGGAGAACCUAGGGCCACAGACACCUGGUCACCUGACAGGCACACAAACGGGGCCCCAUCAGGAGAACCUGGGGCCACAUACACCUGGUCACCUGACAGGCACCAAGUUGGGCCCCCUGCAGGAGAACCUGGGGCCACAGACACCUGGUCACCUGACAGGCACCAAGUUGGGCCCCCUGCAGGAGAACCUGGGGCUUCAGGCACUUGGAGACCUGGCAGGCACCAAGUUGGGCCCCCUACAGGAGAACCUGGGGCCCCAGGAGCUUGGAGACCUGCCAGGCGCUCAGUCGGGGCCCCUGCAGGAGAACCUGGGGCCCCAGGCGCUUGGAGACGUGGCAGGCGCUCCGUCGGGGCCCCUGCAGGAGAGACUGCGCCAGAUGGGGGAGCUGCUCCUCCGGGCCUCGCAGAACCUGGUCCCCGCGGUGGAGCGCCACAGCGCCUCCACGUGCACGAGCCCGGUACCGGUGGCCGAGCACGGCGUCAACACCUCGGGCCUCUUCGAGCGCAAGAGGGAGUUCACUGUGGCCGAGGCCAGCACCAGCACCGACAGCCUGCCCUGGAACCUGGCCCCCGAGGCCGUGGCAGGAUACUCGCGGCAGGACCUGGAGCAGCGGCUCUUCUCCAUGCUCAUCUUGGUGGAGGCUCUGUCCCAGCAGCUGGCCUCUGCCCGAGCUCACAGAGGCCACGCCCCCCCGCCCUCCGACCUCAGAGACAGGCUGGUCCAGACCGACCAUACAGAGCUCAGCCAGGGCGUGGUCUUCAGAGAGCUGUAUGUGAAGGCCCAGGAGAGGAUCCGGGCCCUGGAGCUGGAGCAGGAGCAGCAGGAGCGCCUCCUGCAGGAGCUGAGGAGCAGCAGCAGCACCAUGACUGCUUUAGGUGCAGAAACUGAGCACGCCCUGUCCAGUGUGAACGAGAUGGGCAAAAUAGCCAGUGAGGACCAGGUCAGCAUCUCUGAACAGAUGUGCCGGAUGAGGACCCUGUACGGGAGGUUCCAGGAGGCUCUGAGGAGAACAGAGGAGCGGAUGCAGCGCUGCACGCAGGAGAAGCUCCUCAUGGAGCAGCAGAGGGAGGAGGCGCUGAGGACCAAGGAGGCGUCCCUGGCGGUGCUGGAGCAGCUGCAGUCUCGCCACGCAGCCCAGGUAGCCGAGCUGGAGAAGAGUGUGGGCUGUCACCUGGAGCUCCUCCCCGCGCUCUCAACCACCUACCAGGAACAGGUGUCUUUGAAUGAAGGGUAUGUGGAGUCUCUUCAGGCUGCUGAUGAGCUCUUGAAAGACACAAUAAGCGAUCAGUCCAGGAUCUAUGAGGAGCUGAGCAAAGCCCAGUUCCUGCUCCGGCGGACCGGUCCGGUUCUGCUCAAGCUGCACCAGAAGGCUGCGGCGGCCCUGCAGGCCCACGACCUGCAGACACGGGACGCAGACCGGAUGCGGGAUGAGCUGGAGCAGACCACGUCCUGCCUGCAGGACGCCCAGCAGGAGAUAGGAGACUUGAAUCUGCAGGUCACCAUCCUCACCUCAGAGAUGGCUGUGCUCAGGCAGCGGUUGAGUGAGUUGGAAGAGGACCGUGCACAGGCAGAGCUGAGGAGCACAGAGCUCUCGGCCACGCUGAGCUCCACACAGGCGUCCUACACCUUCCUGCAGCAGGCGCUCAGCGCCGAAACGCACAGGCUGGAGGAGGUGCAGGGGGAGUCAUCCCGGCGCUUGGAGGAGCUGGGCGGGGCCCUGGCCGAGCGGGACGUCCAGCUGGCGCAAACGCAGAGAUGCCUGCACGAGCUCCAGACGCAGCUCUCCAGUGCCCGCGAGAUCAACGAGUUCCUGCAGAUGGAGAGCGAGGUGUCGCGCGAGCAGGUGGUGCAGAGCGAGGCUCUGGUCAAGUCCCACCUGCAGGGCCUGAGGGAGAGGAACCUGGAGUGUGAGGACCUGAGGCAGGAGCUGCGUGCGCUGCGGCUGCAGCGGGACACUCUGCAGGAGGAGGUGUUCAGCACCCAGGAGAACGCGCGCAGCUUGCUGCUGGACAUGGGGAAUCAGCUGGCCCUGGCCUCCACCGACAUCAUCCUGCUGCACCACAAAGUGUACACGCUCACCUCCGCCCUCAACACCACCCUCAGCACACAGAAGCCUGACAGCUCCUAUAAGGACACGGCCCCCCCCUCGCUCGCCGCCCCCCCUCGCCACUCCGCCCGGUCGUUCGUGGACUCCAUCAUGGUGGCCGCCACCACUGAAGAGGCACAGGCAUCUGAGACGGACGAAUGCCCGUCUGCAGCUCUGGGCAGUGGAAACAGCGCUUUUACUCGCAUCCCCACCACCACCCCGAAGAAAUGCGUAGAGGAAGGGAGCGAGGUGCCGCAGUUGCUGGGGGGACUGGGAGACGCCGUGUCCCAGCUGGUGUGCACGGUGGACCGCGUGCGCGAGCUCAGGGACCGGCAGUGUGAGGAGCUGCAGCACACAGUUUCCCGCCUGCAGGGGGAGCUGGACUCUCAGGCCGCGGUAUACGGGUCGCAGGUGGCUGAUCUGAGAGGGCAGGUGGCGCAUCUCCAGGCCCAGGUGGAGAAGGAUGCCGUGGACCUGCAGCAGAAGGCCCAGGAGGAGAAAACCUUGAGGAAGCUCUGCAGUGACCUGGAUGAGAGCAGAGAACUGCACCAGCAGCAGAAAUCUGAAAAUAAAGAGCUGCGCAGAGAGCUGUCCGCGCUGCGGUCUGCCCUGCAGCAGGCGCAGGUGGAGGCGCAGUUCCUGAAGGAGGAGCUGUCGGGCAGUCAGUCCGCAGGACGCUUACCGGCCCUGGAGGAGAAGGUCCGCCUUCAGAAGGAGGUGGAUAAACUGAGGAAGAGUCUGAGUGAGACCGAGGACUCCAGGAGCAAACUUCUCGAAAGGGCCAAGAGACACCAACUUGUGCUUGAAGCCAACCAAAGGAGUCUGGAGAGGGAGCUGCACAUUCUGGACCAGACGCUCGAGACUGUGAAACGGACUCUGUCAUCUAUUCCAGAAGUGGUCAAGGACUGUGAGCAGCUACAAAAACUUGUCACUUACCUUGGAUAGUGUCACAUUUUAUUGUUUUCUUUAGAUAAUCAGAAUUUUUAUAUAUUGUGUGUCACUUAUUAUGCAACUAAAAAUAAACA